AUUCUGACUCUUCAGCAUGGCCAUGCGGGAUGUACGCUGGGUCGUCACCGUGUUGGUGGCGAUGGCAGCCGCAGCCAUGGCGCAAGAAGCUGAGGGAGAAGGAGAGGAGGCAACAGCAGGAGGCUGCUCAUUCACAGCUACCGUACCUUGGACCUGGAGCGCUCCUGUAGAAGUGGACCUCGCUCAAAGGAUUCAGGCAAAGAGCGAUAAUCCUUUGGCACUGCAUGCUAUCUGUAAAUGCCCGGCAGAAAAAUCCGGGGAUGUCUCAACGAACUGCGAAUGCACUGGGCAGAACGAGGACGACUGUGAUGCCUACUCACGAAUCAUGGCCUACAUAUUUCUUUUCAUGGAGAGAUUUAUGGGCGUUAUCAUUCACAUCAACGACUACUCCCAGAAGUAUCACAUCGAGAAUGUCUUGUUCUGGACGAUCCUGGGAACGAUCUUCUUCUGGUUUGGGAUCGGGGCAAUCUUAUACUCUGAGAUCAAAGCCGUCAUCAUCGCGAGGGAGCGAGAUGAACGUGACAGACUAGUACGUAUCGCAUUCAGAGGCAGGUCAAAAAUGAUCUCUCCUGUCAGGUUAGCAGGGAGUACCUGAAGAAGGAUGAAAUCAAGUGCGAGCAACUCGAAGCUCGGGAGUUGGAGGCAACUCGUCCUCGACCCUACCUCACUAUGACCGGCUUCGCGCUUUUCUGGAUCGGACUUAUGUGCCAGUUUACUCCAUUCUGUGGGAUCCUGGGGAUGAUCUUUCCAGGACUUGAGUUCUUCCAGGGGUUCUGCUUCCUAUUCGUGGUUGUCGGCACUUUCACCCUCGCCCUUAGCGCAUUCUUCCUUGUCGUCGGGCUGUGUUGGUCCUGCACUAGAGGAUACGCAGCUCUUGUCUUCAUUGUCCUUGGCCUGCUGGGGGACUUGGUCAUGUU